GUGGCGCAACGACAUGGGGUCGGCCAAGAUGGCGGGGCUAGCAGCAGUAAUGUUGCGAAGAUAAAUAAAAGUGUUGGGUUAAAGAGCCAGGAACAUGACCUGAGAUAUAAGAAACCAUAACGUUCUUGUUGGAAUUCUAAUUUUUGGAGUCUUAAAGCAAUGGAGAGUGAGGAUCUAUCGUUUGAGAAUAUGGACCCUUCAUUGAGUGAGCUCAGUGAGGGGCUGAAUUUUGGGGAUAUUGAUGAAAUGCUGCAGUUUGUCAAUGGCCAAGUUGGAGACUUUCCCGACCUAUUUGAUGAACAAUUCAGCAGUGGGCUGACAGGGUGUGACAAGGUUGAGCAAACUCCCAUCACCAUGCAGCAGCAACCAGUUCAAGUACAGCAACAACUAACUCAACAAGCUGUUCAGCCGUCCACAUCGCCAAUACUGUGCCAGACUCCAUCUACUUCUCAAAGAACCACCCCAGCACUUCAGCCUCGUCCACCAGCACAGACACAACCACCGCAACAAACGUUCAUGAUAGCUUCAAAUUUUACCUCAACCCCAACACAGACUCGUUUCAUUCAGCAACCAGUGCUAACCUACCAGAACCAGGGUGGAUUUUCAGUUCUUCAACCUCAGAUACAGAACCUGGUCACUUCCCCGCAGGUCCAGCCAGUUGCAUUCCAGCAGCAGGUACAGGGUCUGGCUACUCACAGGAUGCUUACUUCAACCACCACUGUGGGCAACAUUCAGACACUGACCCCAGGCACCACCACUACUGUUCAAACACUCUCGCCACAAGUGCAGCAAGUACCUGUACUGGUGCAGCCACAACUCAUAAAGACUGACUCCUUGGUCCUAACAACUUUGAAAGCUGAUCGCAGCCCAGUCAUCGCAGCAGUGCAGAAUCCAACCAUCACAACACUGGCCACUCCAGUACAAACAGCUUUACAAGUCCCAACGUUGGUAAGCAGUAAUGGAACUAUCUUGACAACUGUGCCAAUGAUGGUUGGGCCUGAUAAGGUUCCAAUCAAACAAAUUGUUGGGAAUGGAAAAGCCCCAGUGGAGGGGCUGAAGGAGGGCGAGAAGAGAACAACUCAUAAUAUCAUUGAGAAGCGAUAUCGGUCAUCCAUUAAUGAUAAGAUCAUAGAGCUCAAGGAUCUUGUGAUGGGAACAGAAGCUAAAGCGAACAAAUCUGGAGUGCUGAGAAAGGCCAUUGAUUACAUUAAAUACCUGCAACAGACUAACCACAAGUUACGACAGGAGAACAUGGCAUUAAAAAUAGCUAAUCAGAAAAACAAGGGCUUAAAGGCACCAGAAAUUCCCAGCCUUUUAGACAUUGAUGUUGACCUAAAGACUGAUGACUUCAAAUCACAUUUAUUGAUAAUGUCGCCACCACCUUCAGAUUCAGGUUCCCCAGGCACUUUCUCACCUUGUUCCAUUGAUUCAGAGCCAGGAAGCCCUCUCCUUGAAGAAACAAUGGUAAAGGAAGAACCAUUGUCCCCCCCGACCCUUGGUAUGCUGGAUAGCUCUCGGAUUCUACUGUGCACCCUUACCUUUCUCUGUCUAUCCUUCAACCCGCUUACAUCACUUUUUGAGCGUGUGGGAUACUCAACAACAGCUGAAGAUUCUGGACACUAUGGUAGAAAUAUGCUUGGAAUUGAGUCUGGAGAUACAAAAGGAUGGUUUGAUUGGAUUCUGCCCACAUUAAUCCUCUGGCUGGUGAAUGGGGUCAUCGUACUGAGUGUAUUUGUUAAACUCUUCAUUUAUGGUGAACCAAUCACACGCCUCCAUUCUCAGUCCUCUGUCACGUUCUGGAGACAUCAGAAGCAAGCAGAUCUUGAUCUAUCCAGGGGUGCCUUCACAGCAGCUGCAGGAAACUUGCAGACUUGUUUGUUAGCCCUGGGACGGGCACUACCUGCAUCACGGUUGGAUUUGGCUUGUAGCCUUUGCUGGAAUAUCAUUCGGCACAGUGUUCAGAAAGUGGUGUUUACACGUUGGCUUUUGAAGUGGACCAGAGGGUUUCGGCAGGAAGUGCAGCUCCAAGAAGAGGCCAAAAUGAGUGCACGUGAUGCUGCCUUAGUUUAUCAUAAAUUGCAUCAGUUGCAAUUAACAGAUAAAUUGGUGCAGAGUCCAGUGCGUGCCAUAAGCCUGGCUCUGUCUGCGGUUAACCUGGCAGAAUGUGCUGAGGAGAAAAUCCCCCAGACCCUCAUAGCAGAAAUCUAUAUUACAGCUGCUAUUUGCUUUAAAACCAACUUUGGAGGCAGACUGACUUUUUUAUCGCGCUAUUUCCUGCGACGAGCCCAGCGAGUCUCUGAGCCCGGCACCCGGCACUGGCUUUUCCAUCCCUUGGGACGCCAGUUCUUUGUGGAAUGUGAUUGGUCAUUUAAAUCUACGCCUAGAGAAAGUCUCUUCAGCUCUCUCCGAAAUCCAACUGAUCCAAUAGCCCAGGUGAACCAGGCAUUUUGUGAAAAUCUGCUUGAAAGAGCUGUAUACUCUCUGCUUAAGCCAGAGACUGAGGAAGCUGGGGAGUUCUCUAAUGCCUUUGAGUACUUGCAGUUACUUAACACUUGUGCUGACACAACAAGGAAUUUAACACAGGCAUUUGCUAUUGAUGCCAGUCUGAGAACAACCACAGGUCCAGAUCCUGUCAGUAAGUGGUGGACAGCUAUUGUUAUGUUUGCCGUACACUGGCUUCAGGGUGACGAUUUGAAAGCUAAAGGAUUGUCUACUGAAGUGGAACGAAUCCCCAAGUCUCUGCAGAUGUCUGAAAGCCCACUGCCAAAGGCAAUUCUUCACGUUUACAAGGCUAUGCAAGGGAGUCUGUUGGGGAAACGUGAGGCUCAUCAAGCAACAUUUCUGCAUUGUGAAAGGGCCAGUGGGUACCUGUGGAACACCCUGUCUGUCUCCAGCCAACAUCAGGAUACCACCCUGCACAAGGCUAUGCAGUUGUUGGUCUGUGACAUUUUGCUUUCAAUUCGUACAACCUUGUGGCAGAAGCAGGCAAGCUCCAGCCAGGUUGUGGGCGAGACAUACCAAGCUUCAAGCCUAGAACUGAAAGGAUUCCAACGAGACCUGAGCAGUCUCCGGAAACUUGGCCAGACAUUUAAACCGGCACAUCGUAAGAUGUUUUUGCAUGAGGCGACUGUACGAUUAAUGGCAGGCGCAAGCCCAACUCGAACUCACCAACUUCUGGAACACAAUCUGAGGAGACGAACAUCACACCCCAUCCAACAAGGUGAAUUGGAUGCUCUUCCAGGCCAGAGAGAGCGAGCGACAGCCAUACUCCUGGCAUGCCGUCACCUUCCCCUCUCGUUUCUCUCCUCUCCCGGCCAGCGAGCAGUCAUGUUGGCUGAAGCUGCACGUACUCUGGAGAAACUUGGAGACAAGCGGUCUGUCAGUGAUUGCCAGCAGGUGAUCAUGAAACUGGGCAGUGGCACCACUAUUGCAGCAAGCUGAUACAUGGGAUGCCACACCCCAGCCUGCAGUAAAUGUUUUCUACCCUCUGAUCAAAUCGCACUGUCAUGCCUUUAAACAACCAGCACGUGUUUCUGAGCCGCAAUGAUUUCCUUCUGAUGAAUUGCAGUUUGGCAGAUUCACUACAAAAGAUAUUUUCGUGUUCUGUCUUGUAACCAAGAUCACAGUAUGACUGUGCAAGUUGCUUUUCAUAGAUUGCUAAUAUCAAUAGAGUAAUCCAGUUUCAUCUUUCACAUGACCCCAUCCCCUCUCUCCUAUUGUCUCUAUUUCUCUCUCUAAUACGGAUACACUACUGCAGAUGACCAUUCAGUUCCAUUUGUCAAAGCUGCGGUUCUCAAUCUGAGGGUAUCAAAAUUCCUAUUUGCUCAAUAUUUUAAAUAAUUUAUUAAACUUUUACGGCCUCAUACUUUGCUCUUGAACUGUGUUAAGUCUUAGGAAUGUAAUUUAUCAUGCAAGUGUUUGGGACAGUCAUUUUCUUAUAGAUUUCAUAUAUAUGUAAGUUACAAGAAUUUUGUUUUCAAAAAUCAAAAGCCCAUAAAAGCCAAAAAUCCCUGUCCCUUUGUUUUCCAAUCCACUCUACCUAACUUCUUUCUUUCAGAAUAAUCUCAAUACUUUGUUCAGAAAUAUAAUGGAUUCACCUUUAAACCCUAAAUAUACUGUCAGCUUGGUGGCCUACCUUUUGUAGAUGAUUAUUCCACAACUUUGUUAGCCUCUGGGUAAAAAAAAAUUGCACGAUUGCUACUGUGUUUUAGUGAGACUAUAUGCUUUUUUAUUGUUUCUGGUAGCUAGGAUCAGUUUUAUUCUUAACAGAAUCAAUUCACAUGCUAAAGGAGGCCGACACGGUGGUUUAAUGGUUAGCAUUGCUGCCCCACAGUGCCAGAGACUGGUUUGAUUUCAGCCUUGGGUGACUGCAUGGAGUUCUCCACAUGUCGGUUGGGAUUCCGCAAUGUGCUCCAGUUACCUCCCAUAGUCAAGUGGAUUGGCCAUGCUAAAAUAAUUCGUAGUGUCCAGGGAUGUGUAGGCUGGGUGGAUUAGCCAUGGUAAAUGUGUGGAUUCUAUAGUGUGGGAUUGUUGGUGCAGACUUGAUGGGCUGAUGGCCUCUUUCCACACUUUAGUGAUUCAGUGAUUCUAAAACAGCUCCUUCUCUUGGAAAAACUGAAAGAUGUACAGUACUGAUCUUCAUGGAAAUAGCCAAGUUCUACUUUUAAUGUCUUGCUUUGUAAUUUCCCUGGUAGAGGUACUUGCACACACCGAUUAGAUGCAUUGGUUCAAAUGGGGACUCUACUUCAUCACGUUAUGCUUCGGUUUUAAUGGUAACUUUAGGCAGUUAGACUUGGUAUAGGGUUGAGUGGACAUUAUAGAAACAUUGCCUGCCUAACAAAACCAAACGCCUGGACAGUGCUUGUAAUUAACAGGUACAAACCCAAUUGGCAGUUAACACUUAUAUUGAUAGAUUCAUUAAUUUUGAAAAGAUGGAACCAUAUUUGGUGGUUUUCAUGGUAUUAAACACAGGACAGGAGGAUAAAAUAUGGUUUUAGAUCCAUUGGCGUUUUUUAAAGCUUUUAAAUGUAAUUAACACCAAAAACAAAAUAGCAUAAAAAUAUAGGAAGUCCUCCAGGUGACUUGUGGAAGCGCUCCAGUAGCUCCAACCAACAACAAAAAGGCUACAGAUGCAAUUUAUUGCAAAAUCAUUUUGUUCCUGUGCUGUGUCAGUUGUAUAAAUUUAAAAGUAGACCCUUCUUAAGUAGUAAUCAUAUCAAAAUAGAUGGUAAUACGUAGUUAAGAUGUAACUGCUGUUUCUCAUGAGGAACAAUGCAAGAUUAUACAUAAAAGGUGGGCUCCCAGUUAAGUAGUUAAGAUGGUCAGCAUUCAUGGUAUUUAGCUUUUAGAUAAUUCUGACCAUGAUUUCUCUCUGCGUCGUUGUUGCUGUAAAUAUUUAGUAAGUGCAAAUACCUCAGUUUAUUUCCUUGUUGGACAUGUGGAAAUGUUUUUCUAAUUAUGGUUGGUGCUUUAUUUAAAGGAUAAGUAUCAAGAAUGUGUGGAAUGAUGUUGAAGCCUCUUCUCCAACAGAAUAAAAUACUUCAUUACAAUA